CUUCGCACUCGCCCGCCUCCCUCGGGCUGUCCUGCCAAAAGGUCAAGGGCUGUUCCGUCGACUCCUGUUCGGGCUCAUGUUUGCCGCGUGCCAUAUGAGUGGCGACUGUGUGGAGACCGGCAUGAUUCCCUCUCUGGUCCAUACGCCUGUGCCUGAAGUCCCAGCACCGACACAGCCGGCCGCUCCAUGCAUCUCCCGCCUCUCGGCCAGCCUGGAGGACUCGGGACGCCCUCUGCCUCCUCCAGCAGCACCAACGACAAGCCCGCCUCCCACGUCGAAGGGAUGGACGUAUGAACCAACGAGCGGAUGAACGACGGACGUGCGUUUGGGGGCAGCCUUCCUUCGGUUACCGAGAGAGCCUUCAAGCAUCACAACCACCAUGGACACGUACUGCUGAUUGACGGUUGUUGACGUACAGCUAGAGGAAGGAUGUUUUCUUCACAACGGACAUCGUUCAACCCUCUCAUUUUGAGCUGCCGAUUUCUUUCCGUCCGCGGGGGCCGAUUUCUUUCCGUACGACCACGUGUCCGACCCCUUUGAGAAUGGGCCAAGGAGCGUCUGGCUCGAGGCCUGUCUUGGUCAAGACUGACCAGCCCGUCCUCGUCAGCAACAGCCAGGACGGCAGCAAGGCGUUUGUCAUGCUUUCGGAUGGGAAGAAAACCGCGAAGGUAUGCUACGGACAGCGGAAAGGCGCAGCGGGGAAAGCACACAGCACCUCUCUUUGCCCCGCAGAUUUGGAGCUUCCCACACCAGCCCCUUGUUUUCAACCUGGAAGAAGAUAGCAUCCUCACGGGUUAGGAUGGAGCACAUGGCUUCUUAUGUCUUGCAUUUCCCCUUCCUUUCAGUUUCUGUGUUCACGGCCCCGUCUGAAGAGGCGGCUGUGGCGUUCGAUGGCUUCACUGCAGAGUGCCUAUGGUGUGAUGGAGGGCGAACAUUCCUGGUGGGCGAUGCCUUUGUCGGACCGAAAGAAAUCGGCCCCCGCGGCGCCCCCAAAUCGAGACGAGACAGAUGCGUUUGCAUCAUUAUCUGUCGUCCGUCCGUCCGUCCGUCGGUCCACUCGUUGGUUCAUACAUUCAUCCCUUCAGCGCGUUGACUUCCCAUCAUCUUCCCUCGGCGCCCGAAUGCCAGCCAUGCUACCCUGGCAGCCAUGCGGAGAGUUGUUUCCCGAACCCUUUUGAAAGUUUCAAGUUCAAACAUGGGCCAAGGCACGUCUGCCCCGAGGCCUGUCUUGGUGCAAGUCAGCCAGCCACUGCAAGUCAGCCAGCCACUGCUGGUGACGACCGGCGAGCACGCUUUUGUGGUCGUCAGCGACGGCGAGAAGACGGUGAAGGUGGGAGAACAAGACGCAGAGGGUUCACAGGCAAGCAUCACUGUUCACAGAGCAAUUCAAUACAUGGUACGCGGCUUCCCAAAUCGUUCGCUGCUAUUCCAUCUCGAGGAAAACAGUAUCCUCACUGGUACCGACACAGCCAACACAACGCAGCACUCCGAGUGCUUGGCCACACAGGUAGUUCCCUCCCUCCCUCCCAUCCAGCGACCGCAGUGCUCGACGCCUUGAGCGGCGUGGGACGCCAGACAACACAAUCCACAAUGCCCGCGUCCACGGUAAGCGGGAGGAGCAGCGGCUCCUCUUGAUCAGGAUGCACACACUAAGUUGCUGUCGCUCUGAAUGCAGGUGUGACUGAGAGGCUGCGGAUGGUCUGCGGCGAUUCACGGCCGUUCAGGUCGAUAUGCCCUGGGGAAAGGCCUACGAAGAGGACACAUACCCACUCGACCGCAUGGGAGACGGCACAGUGGUCCGCACUGCACUAAUCCAAUGGAUGAUGUUAUACAUUUCUCACUUCCUUUAUGGCGUGUUGGUGUCGGUGGCUUCACUGCAGAGUGCCUAUGGUGUGAUGGAGGCGGCGGCGCCGCUCAGUGAAGCAAACAUCGAAAAGAGUAAGCUUGCCGAAAUGAGUGGAAACGACGGUGUCUUUCUUUCGGCUACUGGCUUUCAGGCUGACUGCACUCUCACACCGUGCACCAGUCAACAAGGAAAGGAGGAGCAAUAUGUGAAAGCGCUAGAGGUGAGCAAUCAUGUGUGUGUUUUGAGUGUGGUCUGUGUCGGGGUGGUGGCUGACUGGCUGGCUGACCGGCUGACCAUGUGUGUAUGUGCCUAUUUGUUGUGCAGGACGCCAUGCUGGAAGGGCUGGUGCGGGGCUAUCGGCGCGGCAUCAAUGCCGAGAGCAGAGCCACAGGGGACCAGAUGUAUGCCUGGUCCAAGGACCGCGACUUUCGGCCUUCUUACCGGGCCGGAUAUCCUGGUCACGGCGGCACAUGUGGCGCCGACCGCUGCCACGGUCAAGCUCGGGGAAGAGAAGCAGCUCUGCAGGACGCUGCGACGACAAGGCGGGCAGUUAGUUCAACAACGCCCCUGGGACUGGGGCUGCCCAAGACCUGAGCAGCAUCUACCGACGAAGAAGGAGUCCGUCAACCAUGCGCUGAGGCAGCUAAGGAGCGACCGAGAGCGGCAGCGGCAGCGGCACGGUGCACCUGGCAUGAGCUCAUAUGCCCAAGAAGACUCCCGUUCCCGGCCCCUUCCCAAGCGUCCCGCCCUUUACCGGCAAUGUCUAUGGUGAUUGGCUGCGUGCGUAUACGUACGGAUGGUGGGUGAGCGAUUCCAUAGCUUGAUUGGAGUGCCUGCCUAUUAUGUCCCCCCCCUCCCCCCCGGUGUGCAGUGAUCUGUGUGGAUUGGUGUUGUGUCUAUCCUCCUAGGGCGUGACUAGGAAACGAGGCCUUUUCUGCCGCGGGGUUGACGCGUGAAAGGAGACAGGGCGGGGUGGUUCGGGCAGCAUGGCUGCCUACAUUUUAUAUUCCGUUCGUGCGUUGUGCUGAAUGUUCCUCGUUCG